UUGCUUAUGUCGUUGUGUAUGGAGGUGGGGGUCAAUGGUGAGAUGGACACCUGCUGCCCAAUCACAGCAAUGGUAAACCUCAUAUUUCGCCAAUAUUUUCUAUGGACAGUUCUCACUUCUGCCCCAGGGAAAAGGCAGGAUAUACAUGGAAUGAAUGAAUAAAUAAAUAAGAACAUAACAACAAUUAAUGAGAUUAAAUUCAAGUUAUCACCUUAAUUCAUCCAAAUAAAUGGUUUUCAUGAUCUCCUAGACAUAGAGUUAAAAUGUAAUGCUACAAAGAUUCAAAAUCAUGCCAAUUAACUAACUGGUGGAGAGCUUCAGAGGUCAAUUUGGACUGAAUAACCUUUAGCAGAAAAAGCACUCUGGGGUAAUAGACACAGGGCUGUCUUACCCAUAGGCGGUAGGGGUGCGGGGCGCCGGGCUCUCGGGUGCCAGGCCAAGAGUCCGGGGCCCAAGAGUUGAGUCCGGGGAAGAGCCCGUCCAUUGGUCGGUUUGCCACGGUGGGCUCUUCUGCUGUGGGUGGCUCUGCGCUGCGAGUUUGGGGGCGACCGAGCCAUCGAGAUGCUGAGGUGACCAGCCAGCUCCGCACUCCUGUGCGCCUGGGACUGGGCAACCGGGGGGGGGGCGUCGCUGGGCGGAUCUUUGCACCCCAGCACCGCAUAUGCUUAAGACAGUCCUGAGUAGACACAUUUAUUCAAUCAGAUCUCAGCUGUAUGUUGUAAGAUUGGGGGGGGGCAAUUCUGAUUUAAGACAGGAGUCUUUCUAAGUUAUGUGAAAGCUAAUUUGGUACUACAGAAAAGUAUUGCCCUAAUACAGCUGAAUGUUGCUGUAUCAGUUUACUUUGUUAAUGUAUUAUUCAUUGUUUUGAACAUGGCAGGACAAUGAAAGAGAAUUCUUGAAUAAUACCCUGGAGAAGCUGGAUGGUUAAAACAAUGCUAGUGCUUCCCUUCCUGUUAAAUAUAAUAGCAAAGGAAGCUGUUUGUCCUGUAUUACUUAAUAUAGAAAUGCUAAAAGGUUUUUAAUAUGGCUGUAUGGUUUGACAACUGCAAUUGAUAAGAGUUCUCUUUUUUUACUGCGUCUGCGUAAUAUGUUUGCUGCUGCUACCAAAAGUUUUGUUAAGCAGGUUGGCGAUGGAGGUCGACUAGUACCUGUUCGUAGCCUCAGUGAAGCUGAUAAAUAUCAACCCCUCAGUCUUGUUAUUAAGAAGAAAAGUUGUCUUAUUUCAAGAAGAUCCAAAUUUGUUUCAACGCCAUUCAGCCUAAAAGACAUUCUUCAAGGAGAGAAAGAAAUUUCAGCUGGUAUUUCAUCCUACCAGUUACUGAAUUAUGAAGAUAAAUCAGAUGUAGCGCUCAACGGUAGACGAGGAAAUCCUAUUAUGAACUCCGCUGGGGUCAAUAUCACUGGAUCAGAUUCUCUUGCAGUGAAGGCUUCCUUUGGAAUUGUAACUAAACAUGAGGUUGAGGUACCAACAUUACUCAGAGAACUUACCAGUAGAAAAAUGAAUUUUGAGCACUGCCUUGUUCGUCAGUCACGAGAAAGUAAGAGGACAGUUCUUUGUGUGGUCAUGGAGAGCAUUCGAACGACACGGCAAUGUUCACUGUCCGUGCAUGCUGGCAUGAGAGGUGACACAAUGAGGUUUCAUAUUAUUGAUGACUAUAAUUACAAAGGACGUGACAAAGCUAUUGUCUUUCCUGCUCAUACAACUAUUGCAUUUAGUGUGUUUGAGCUUUAUAUUCACUUGGAUGGUAAUUUUGAGCUCUGUGUCACUCCAGAAUCAAAAGGAGGAUUUGAAAGAGAGCCAUCAAGAACAUUUUCACUAAUUAAAUUAAGGAAUCUGUUUUAUCGAAACAAAAGGGUAAUGGAUAUCAUUGCUCACUCAGACAAUUACUUAGAUGACCUUUUCACAGACUACUAUGAAAAAGCUGCAAGCAUGACGGAUGUCUCCACGAACUAUUUCCGAGAAGGGGCCCAUAUACGAGUGAAUUUGCUUAACAAUCACAUCCCCAAAGGUCCUUGUUCGUUGUGUGGAAUGGGAAGCUCCAGAAGAGAAACUGUCUAUGGUUGUCUUGAGUGUUCUUUUAAUGGACAAAAGUUUGUACGACUACAUGCUGUGCCUUGUUUUGACCUCUGGCACAAGAGAGUGAAAUGAAAAUUUUUGGAAAUGCAUGUUGGUUGGAUCCAGAUUGUUGCUUGCACUUAGUAUCCACUGAAAUUAAGUCACACCUGACUUUUCCACUUUGAGGUCAAGAAGAUCUAAGUACAACCGACUUGGCCUGGAUUAAACCCAUGCAUAUAUUUAGGUGUGAUUGUGCCAUGGAAUUUCUCGUGCAUUUUGAUUGCAAAAUAUGGAGCCACAAAUGCUUUUUUCUCCUUCCGUGUUUUUAAAGGAAUGCAAAAUAGAACUUGAUAUAAUGGCUUCCCACAUAUGCUCUGUUAUUGGUUAGUUCUUUCUAACUGCAUAGUGUAACAUAGCUAAGAGAUACACAUCCGAGUUAAAAAAUUCACAAUAGCAUUUUGUGAUAAAUCUAAAAAAUGUGUAAAUUAUGUUUAGAAGUCAUUAUUUGUAGGAGUAAUUUGGAAACAUUGGCUUUUGUCUAAAGGCAAGAAUGUGUUUCACCUUAACUACACCACAGUAAGACAGUAAUGAAAAGAUAUGAAUUAUUUAUUAAUGGCAUAAAUAUUUAAUUGAAAUAUCAGAUUACGAAAAUGUUUGUCUUUGCUCUGGUUAAACAGAGAAAUAAAAAUUGAAUUGAAUCUUAGUAUGACAUAAAUGUUUCCAUUAAAAUUUGCCAAUGUCACCCCCAAUUACAUCUGUCUCCUAUUUAGUCCAUAUUUAUCAUUAAUAUAGAGCAAGUUCAGUAUUUUUUAAAUGUUAGACUUGCUGUUAUUUGGUGCCUUUUGAUGUAUUUGACAAUAUUUUUUGUAAGAAAGCUAUAUAAUUUUGGAAUAAACGAGUCAAUUACA